AUGUUCUCGCGCACCGCCCGCCCGGCAUGGAAGGCCGGCUCUGCCGCCGUCGCCCGUGUUGCUCCCGCCAAUGCCGCCAACUUUGCUACCCUCCGUGAGAUCGAGGGCCGCCUGAAGUCCAUCAAGAACAUCGAGAAGAUCACCAAGACGAUGAAGAUUGUUGCCUCCACCCGUCUUAACAAGGCCCAGCGUGCCAUGACUCUGUCCAGAGCGUACGGUGAGACCUCCGAGGCCGUCUUCGGCCAGGCAGAGACCAAGCCCCUCGAGGGCCUCAAGACCCUCUACAUCGUCGCCAGUUCCGACAAGGGUCUCUGCGGUGGUAUUCAUUCCGGCCUCAGCAAGGCUACCCGACGAAUGAUCAUGGAGAAGCCCGACGCCGACAUUGUUGUGCUCGGAGAGAAGUCCAAGGGACAGCUCUCCCGAUCCAACGAGGACAACCUCGUCCUCAGCUUCGCCGGUGUCGGCAAGGACGUCCCUACCUUUGCUGAAGCCCAGGCCAUUGCCGACCAGAUCUGCCAGUUGCCCACCGACUACGCCAGCAUCAAGAUCGUAUACAACAAGUUCAUCAACGCUCAAGCCUAUGAGCCCACCACCGUCGAGGCUUUCUCCGAGGAGGCUAUCAUCCAGUCCCCCAACGUCGUCGCUUUCGAGGUUGACUCCGAGGUUCUUGCUAACCUCCGUGAGUAUGCUCUUGCUAACAGCUUGUACUGGGCCUUGGCUGAGGGACACGCUUGCGAGAUCUCUGCCCGUCGUAAUGCUAUGGAGAAUGCUUCCAAGAACGCAGGUGACAUGAUCCAGAGAUUCCAGAUUCUCUACAACAGACAGCGUCAAGCCGCCAUUACCGGUGAAUUGGUUGAAAUUAUCACUGGUGCCACCGCUUCCGAGGAUAUGUAA